AUGGAUAUCAUUGACGCUCUACAGUCUGGUUGCAUCUAUCUAUCUAUCUAUCUAUCUAUCUAUCUAUCUAUCUAUCUAUCUAUCUACAGCAUGGUUAAAUCUAUCUAUCUAUCAUCUAUAUCUAUCUAUCUAUCUAUCACAGCCUGGUUAACUCUAUCUAUCUAUCUAUCUAUCUAUCUAUCUAUCUAUCUAUCUACAGCCUGGUUAACUCUAUCUAUCUAUCUAUCUAUCUAUCUAUCUAUCUAUCUAUCUAUCUAUCUGCUGCUUUUGUUUACCAAUAUAACUUCAUAUUCACUCUGGACUUUCUGUCCGUUUGUUUGUUCACGGCUAUCGUUCAAUUUCUUCGGCCUAGUCCUGGCCACAAAGUAUCGCGAGUGUCGACUGGAACAGCCGUCCUCAGGGACAGGAGAAAAAGGCGGCCGGAUGUUCUGCAUUCAUUCGAGGCGCUUCUCAAUACGGCCAAUAUCAGCCAUCGAUUUUCGCCUCACUUCUAUUCACCCGGGUCUGUCGGCUUUUCCACUCAGACGUGCUCGACACUCAUGUCAAUACUUGUCCGUAGUUACCAUCGUUCAUUCAUUUUGUCCUUUUCGCAUUGCAAUCAUUCGAUUAGACGCCCCUGUCUCAUUCAAAUGA